AUGCUGGUGCUGCAGUUGUCCAGGGCUCUGGUCGGCGGGCAGGUGCGGUACUCGGUGCCGGAGGAAGCCAAAGCCGCACCUGGUGGGCCGGCGGCGCAGGACCUGGGCCUGGAGGCAGGGCGAGCGGAGGCGCGGCGGCUGCGGCUGGUGUCUCAGGGCCGGCGGGCGAGCGUGGAGGUGAGCGGGGCGAGCGGGGCGCUGGUGGUGAGCUCGCGGCUGGACCGGGAGGAGCUGUGUGGGAAGAGCGCGCCGUGCUCGCUGCGGCUGGAGGUGCUGGUGGAGCGGCCGCUGCGCGUCUUCCAUGUGGAGCUGGAGGUCACCGACAUCAAUGACAACGCCCCUGUGUUCCCAGCUGCACGGAAAAAUCUCAGUGUAUCAGAAAGCACUCCUGCCGGUUCUCGUUUCCCGCUGGAGGGCGCGUCGGAUGCAGAUGUCGGAGCCAACGCUCAGCUCUCGUACAGCCUCAGCCCCAGUGAGCAUUUCAGAGUAGAGGAAGAAAACAGUAACUCACGCAGUAAAUCCUUGUUUCUGGUGCUCACGAAACCUCUGGACCGCGAGACGAUGCCGAUUCACCAUCUGGUGCUGACAGCGACUGAUGGGGGCCGUCCGCCGCUGACGGGCACUGUGGAGCUGCUUAUCUCGGUGCUGGAUUCAAACGACAAUUUGCCGCAGUUCAACCAGUCGGUGUACAUCGUAGUUUUGCCCGAAGACGCCUUGGAGGGGACGCUGGUGAUGCGGCUUAAUGCCACGGAUCCAGACGAGGGAAGUAAUCGGGAAGUGAUUUAUGAAAUGGAUGCUGUUGUUCCUAACUCGGAGUCACCUGUAUUCAUCGUCGAUGGGAAGAUCGGUGAGAUCAAACUGACAGGUGCCCUGGAUUUUGAGACAGUUGCUUUAUAUGAGCUGCACAUUAAAGCCAGAGAUCAGGGGACCCCCCCGCUGUCGGGUCACUGUAAGGUGGUGGUGGAGGUGCUGGACGUGAACGACAACUCACCGGAGGUGUGGGUGACAUCGCUGUCGGUGCCGGUGCCAGAGGACGCGGCGGUGGGGACGGUGGUGGCUCUGCUGAGUGUGUCGGACCGAGACUCGGGGGCGAACGGGCGCGUGCACUGCACGGUGUGGCCGCCCGCUCCUUUCGGUCUAGUGUCGACGUUCUCGAGCUCGUAUUCGCUGGUGCUGCGGGAGGCGCUGGACCGGGAGCGGGUGUCCGAGUACGAGGUGGAGGUGCGGGCGGAGGACGGCGGGGCGCCGCCGCUGCGCGCCAGCCGCGCUCUGCGUGUGCCGGUGUCGGACGUGAACGACAACGCGCCGGCGUUCUCUCAGGCCGUGUACACGGUGCUGGUGCGGGAGAACAACGCGGCGGGCGCGGAGCUGGCGCGGCUGUGGGCGCGGGACCCGGACGAGGGGGGCAACGGGCGCGUGAGCUACUCGGUGGCAGAGAGCGGGGGCGGGUCGUCGGUGUCGGGCGGCGGGUGGCGUCCGGCGUCGAGCUACGUGUCGGUGGACGCGGAGAGCGGGCGUGUGUGGGCGCUGCAGCCGCUGGACUACGAGGAGCUGCAGGUGCUGCAGUUCGAGGUGCGUGCGGUGGACGCGGGGGAGCCGGCGCUGUGCGGCAACGCCACGGUGCAGCUCUUCGUGCUGGACGAGAACGACAACGCGCCGGUGCUGCUGCCGCCUGCCGGGGGCGGGCCGGGCUCCGGGGCCGCUGUCUCGGCUGCGUCGGAUGCGGAGUCAGCGGCGCUGUGGGCGUGGGCGUCGUGGGGGUCUCCGGCGGGGCAGGUGGUGGCGAAGAUCCGCGCGGUGGACGCGGACUCGGGCUACAACGCGUGGCUGCGCUACGAGCUGUGGGAGCCGCGGGGCAAGGGCCCGUUCCGCGUGGGGCUUUACAGCGGCGAGGUGAGCGCGGCUCGGGCGCUGGAGGAGGCGGAUGGGCCGAGGCAGCGCCUGGUCAUCGUGGUGCGGGACCACGGCGAGCCUGCGCGCUCUGCCACGGCCACGCUCAGCGUGUCGAUGGUGGCAGGCUCCGAGGAGGUGCUGACGGUCUUGGGCUCGUCGGGGACGGGGCUGCGGUCGGCGGAGGGCGGUGCAUCUUCAGCAUCGGCGACGACGACGAACGUGUGGCUGGUAGUGGCCAUCUGCGUGGUGUCGAGCUUGUUUCUGCUGGCGCUGGUGCUGUAUGGGGCUUCGCGGUGGUCCCCGCGAUCGGCGGUGCUGUCGUGUCCCGGUCCGACCACGCUCGUGUGCGCUAGUGAAGUGGGGAGCUGGUCGUACUCGCAGCGCCAGAGCCGGAGCCUGUGUGUGACGGACGGUGGGGGCAAGAGCGACCUGAUGGUUUUCAGCCCCAACUUCCCACCGCCGGCCGGUGCCGCGGCGAAAGAGACGCAACCGGAGGCACCCGUUCUGCUGCAGACGGUCAGUGGCGCUCCUUCCCUUCCUCUCUCGUAUUUCGCCCCUUCCCUGUCGCCCUUCUCGCUGUCUCGCUCUCUGAACAGUUGCUUCUGUCAGCCGAUCUCAGCCCCCGGGUCGUGA